AUGUCGUUCGAUGAAGAAAUAUUCGCUCGGAUAAUGAGGAAGAGGUUUGGUGGGAGAAGGGGUGCAUAUAACGGUUGUGGUGAUGGUGGUGGUUAUGUGGGUGUGGGCGUGGAGAUGGAGUCUGGGCCAAGGUAUAUCAUCGGCGGUCGUUACAUGGUUGAUUCUGCCAGCCAAUGGCAACCAACGAUUUCCAAUGUCGAAUGGGUGUGA